GUUUCUGCCAGUGAAUCAGUCUGCUGGUGGAGACGGACCAGGGACCGUGGCAGCAGACAGACCAAGGCAGUGGAAGCAGAGCCCCAAGAUGUGGUGCCUCCUCGUGCUGCUCUGCUCCCAAGGAAUUGCCUUUUCUGCGGGAUUCACAGCAGCCUCUGCUCGGAGUGUUGGCGCAAGCUGGCGCAAGAGGACUCGCAACCCCGAAUGCUUCAUGAACGUUAGUGAAAUUAUCAGAUAUCAYGGAUACCCUAGCGAGGAAUAUGAAGUUACAACAAAGGAUGGAUACAUUCUUAGUGUCAACAGAAUUCCUGCUGGGAGGAAUGCCCGAAAUACAGGGCAAAGGCCUGUAGUGUUCCUACAGCAUGCUUUUCUAGGAGAUGCUACUCACUGGAUUACCAACCUGCCCAACAACAGCUUGGGCUUCCUCCUCGCAGAUGCUGGCUGUGAUGUCUGGCUUGGAAACAGCAGAGGGAACACUUGGUCUAUGAAACACAAGACYCUCAAGCCCAGCCAGAAAGAGUUCUGGCAGUACAGCUUCGAUGAAAUGGGUAAAUAUGACAUUCCAGCAGAGCUGUACUUCAUCAUGAACAAAACUGGACAGAAGGAUAUUUACUAUAUUGGUCACUCUGAAGGGUCAACUACAGGCUUUAUAGCAUUUUCUACGUACCCUGAGCUGGCUAAACAAGUGAAAGUGUUCUUUGCUCUGGGCCCAGUAACUUCAUGCUCACAUGCUACAAGCCCUCUGUUUAGCCUAAUAAAUCUUCCUGAACCACUAAUCAAGUUAAUAUUUGGCUCUAAAGGAGCCGCGCACCAGAUCGAAUUUCUGAGAGGACCCGUGACACAGCUCUGCACAAGCCUGGAUAAGUUUUGUGCCCAUGUUCUCAUUUACAUAGCUGGAGGCAGCAUAAAAAAUAUCAACAUGAGUCGAAUAGAUACAAUCGUGGGACAUUCCCCAGCUGGAACAUCAGUACAGAACAUUAUGCAUUGGCGACAGCUAGCGCAUGAGGACCAGUUUAGAGCUUAUGACUAUGGCCCUAAGGAAAACAUGAAGAAAUACAACCAGACUGCUCCUCCUGAGUACAAGAUCGAGGAGGUAAAGAUACCAACUGCUGUUUGGAGUGGAGGACAGGACACAUUCGCAGACCCUAAAGACACAGCAAAGCUGCUUCCUCGGAUUACUAAUCUCAUUUACCAUGAAGAUUUUCCUGCAUGGGGACAUCUUGAUUUCAUCUGGGGCCUCGAUGCAACCGAGAAAAUGUACAUGAAAAUCAUUGAACUAAUAGGAAAAUAUCUUUGAAACCAUGA